UUGAGUCUUUCCUUUUGUUAACGAGUUGUCCUUCGAAAAUAAAAGCAAAGCAAAGACAUCUCCGCAAUUCCAGUGAUGUUCCUUGCAAGCCAUUCCUUCACCCACGCGUCUUCCCUCAACUCCCACAGACCCCUUCUCUAUAAAUUCACCAGUCGACCACUUGAUCGUCGUGAUCAACUCCCAAUUAGAGGAAGAGGCAAAACAAGAAACAGAAAGAAGAAACCAGUAUCAUGGCAGCAGAGAAGAAAGAUAUGGAAGCCCAUCAUCAUGAAGAAGAGCAGCAGCCUCUCCUGGUAUCCGAGCCAUCGGAUGAGGACAGGAUGACCAUGGUGCAGCAGGCCAUAAGCCAGACGUUUAAGAGCGCCGCCCAUCUCGCCAACCUCCUCCCAACCGGCACGGUCCUCGCCUUCCAAGUCCUCUCACCCAUCCUCACCAACUUAGGCCGCUGCACCGAUGCCAACCGAAUCAUGACCGCGUGCCUCGUGGCCCUCUGCGGGCUCUCAUGCUUCAUCCUAUGCUUCACCGACACCUUCCACGACGCGGCUGGGAAAAUAAGGUACGGCCUCGCCACCUUCAGGGGCAUCUGGAUCAUCGACGGCACCGGACCUCUCCCUCCAGAGAUACCGGCGGCCAGGUAUAGAAUAAAGUUCAUAGACUUUGUCCAUGCCUUCAUGUCGGUGUUGAUCUUCGCGGCGGUGGCCUUGUUUGAUAAGAACGUAGUGUCGUGCUUCUACCCGGUGCCGUCCGAGGAUGUGGAGCAGGUGCUCACUGCAUUGCCGGUUGCGAUCGGAGUGUUUGGAAGUUCAGUGUUUGUUGCUUUCCCUACCACUCGCCAAGGAAUUGGCUUCCCAGUUUCCCUUCGUUGAUGAUUCCAUCUGCGUGUGUGAAUCCUUGUUUUCUCUGUGUUGUUCUAUUGAAACAGUCAAUAUAGUCUUCAUCUUGAAAAAUUAAAUGUUUUUAAAUUGGCAGUUGUUUA